UCUCUCUCUCCACUCCCUCUCUCCCUUUCUGUCCUAUCACCUCUCUCCUAUCACCUCUCCUUCUCCCGUUCCCUUCAUUUGCAGAUGGCGGUGUAGUGAGGUGGCUGAGGACCAGUAUGUGUGUGAGUGCGUGGAAGGACACAUCCUCCCCUUGGAGAGAAAGAGAAAACAGAGAAAGAGAGAGAGAGGAAGAAGAAGAAGCUGCUCUCCAGUAACAGGUAGCUCAGCUGUGGGGUUCCAUUAUAGCUUUGGGGGAACAACCGGCCAUGCGGGCGUCACUACAGGCACUCGAGGACCUGAGGUGUCGCAGCCGCAGGUAAGAGCAGCUAACUCCAGUCUCCUGUCAUGGAUACUAACGCUGGGGAAGUGGAGGACUCAGGAGAAGAGCUUACAGGGAGGAAGAAGUCUCGGUUCAAGCUGCUGAAGAGUCGUCUGUUUGGCCGUCUGAAGAGGAAGGAGACUGAAGGACGGAUGAAGCAGAGCCAGUCCGCCAGUGAUGUCACUGCUGAUGUCAUAGCUCCAGGAGACAUCAACUCAGAGGAUGACUGUUUGGGCGGUCCAAAUACACUGGGGUCCAGAGCUCUGUCACAUGACAGCAUCUUCCUGGCUGACCAAUCACAGAGCUCCUCUGAGCCGACGAGGGUUCUGUCUCAGGAGAAUAUACACGGCAGGAUACAAGAACUGCAGCUGAAACUGCAGCGGCAGAACAUGUUUCUGGGCCCUCCCCCCUUGCUGAUCCCUGGAAAGAGAAUGGAAGAUUCUGGAGCCACCUCUGAGGAUGAUGGUUUGCCCCAGAGCCCUCCAGAGAUCUUGUUCCAUGACCGAACAGCACAGGGGCCUUCCUACAAGUUCCCUGACACUCACAGGCACCAUAGCUCUCUGAGUUUAGCAGGGACAGGAAGUGAAGAGGAGGAGCAGUGCCUCUCCCAGCCCUGCUCCCGUCCUCUCUCCCCGAAUCCUGCUUCCCCCUGUGAUCCAGAGCCCUCCCCUGCAGUGGACUUUACCAGCCCAGCCCAGUACACUCCUAACCUGGACAGCUCUGCCGCCCGUCACCGCAUGUCUGUUAAACCCAGGAACCAGAGGGCCAGCGCCAAGGGAAGGAAAGGUCCCCUGAGAGCAAGCAGACUUGGCUCAGAGAGCCUGAGUGACCUGGACCCAGACCAGCCCCUGUCUGAGAGGGAGGAAGAGCAGGAUGGAACGGAGGAUGAGGACAGAGAGGAAGAGGAGGAGAGGGAGAGACCGUUCUCUUCAUCUCCAAAAGACUCUGAGGAGAAGCCCUGGCAGUCAGUACCCCCUGGUGGUCAGAAAGAGGUAUUACAGAGACAAGAGUCCUCCGAGACAGAGGGACGCGUCACCACCAACCCUCUCUACCUCCAGGCUAUGACCUCUCCUCUAUCAGAACCCAUGACCAAGACCUCCAUCCUGGAGACCCCGAGCCUGUCCACUCCCCCUUCAGCAGCAGUGGAGGAGCCACAGAAGCCCCCGGAACCUAUCCGGGUCAAACGCCCAAGAACUCUCAUCCAGGAUAAUUCAGACCAGAGAAGUCGGCCUGGGUCUACAUCUGAAAAGACCCUCUCCAGGCCUCUCAGUCCUGUCUAUGGAUCAGAUAAUGUCACUUCCACCACAAAUCAACUGCCCUCAAAAGAGAAGCCAGAGGAGAAUAUGACCCCAGCCACCUCUAACAAGGGAGACAGGUUGAGCAGAAACACACAGGGUGUGAGCCUAGCAGACACCAGCAGCUCUACACACCACUCUGCUCUACCUACCCCUGCCCCUCGCAUUAUAAGACAAACACAGAGACCUGCUUCUGAGAGGGAGUCUGUCAGAGAGACUACAGCAGUCCCACUGUCAGGCGUAAAUGAAGAAACCUCCAAAUUGGACCUGGUGCAGAGGACAACAGGGCCACCUACUGGCCAUGAAGACACACUGCCUAGAGCAAACAGUUUCUCCACCUCCUCCUUGAGACAGCGUUCCAAGAGUGCCACUGGCAGAGCCCACACAGGGACGAGAAACAAGAAGGUGAAUGCAAAAGGAAAAGGGGAGGGUUUGGUGGUCAAGAACCCUCAUCAGGAGUCUGUCAGAAGGCAAGAGGUAAAACCAGAGCAGGUCACAUUUAAAGGUCUGAAGGAAAACCAACCACAACCCUCGCCUCAGGAGAGAAACGUACAAACAGAGGUAGAAGUCGUGGAGGAGACAGGACUGAAGGGAGGAGAGAAAAGGGAUGGGCAGAGUGAGGGAAAUGAGGAGAAGGAGCAGGAGCAGGAGAGGAGGAGUGCUUUCGGAGUGAAGCUGCGCACCACUUCUCAGUCUCUGAAGUAUCGCUUGGAAAGGGACCAAGAAUUCAGGGUUAAGUGUCAUAUUGUCUCAACAACUGCAGAACCAGUCAAAGGCGAAAUUGGCACAAGUUCAAAGGUCAGGGGUGACUUGGCAAAUAAGGCUUCGAGGAAGGGCCCGUCACAAGUGUCUGACUGCCCCCCCUCAUACACCGCUGACAGAAACAGACUCAACGAGAACCAAGAUGAUGAUGAUACUGACCUGGUAGUAGAUGCCUUUUCAGACCCAGACAAAGGCCCAUCCUCCAGACCUGCUCUGGGGCUCCCAAGAGGGGCUGAGACCCCUGGGUCUAAUGGGUCAGCUGGAUCGGAGCCUGUCUGGAUGUCCAUGGCCCGGGAAAAGACCAGGAGUCUCCAACAGCAUCUCAGUCCAGAGACAGAGGCUGGGACAGGGGGGACAGGGGGGACAACAACGCCCCAGUACACCACAUCACCAUGGCCAGCUCCAACCCCAGCCCCACAGCCGAGAUUACAACCAACAGCUCAGCCAUCAACACAACCUCCAUCACAAUCACAGCCAAGCACAAAAACAGCCUCGCAAAAACAAACAUCACCCCCAGUGGUACAACCACCAUCUCAACCAAUACCAAGCGGUAGACCAAUCCUACGGGGAAUGCAUCUGACAGCUAAACUCAAAACAUUGCCUUCAGAUCAGCCUAACACACAAACAGCAUCACAACCGACACCACAAGGAACAGCUCAACAGCUGACACAACCGUCCUCCCAACCUCACACGCCAACCAGACCAACUCUACGAGGAGCGUCUGAGAGAUCCUCCACGUCUCUGAAGAGAGCUGAGAAGAUGCCUGUGGAGAAAUGGACAGAAAGAGCGCUCCCGACUGGGACUAUGGAGGAAUCUAGCAAUGGUCAAAUUGAGAUUCACAUCUCAAAGCCUGAGAUACCUCCUUCAUCGUCAUCAUCGUCAUACCGGGGUCAGCCAACCUGGAUGGAACUUGCCAAGAGGAAAUCUCUGGCCUGGAGUGACAAGACUAUGGACUAAGAGAAAAGUGUGUGUGUGUGUGUGUGUGUGUGUGUGUGUGUGUGUGUGUGUGUGUGUGUGUGUGUGUGUGUGUGUGUGUGUGUGUGUGUGUGUGUGUGUGUGUGUGUGUGUGUGUGAGUGAGGGAGGGAGGUAAAGGGGUUCCUAAAGAGAGCAAGGAGAAAACUGAAAUAAAAUAAUGAUUUGUUGAUGACUGUGUUAUUUGAACCUACUGGAUUCAGAGUUUAAAACUGAUUUCCCAUUACUGUGCUUUACUCUUCUAACCAUUAAAUAUAAAAAAACGACUUAUAUUUCACUUAUAUAUCACUUAUAUUUUACUGCAUAUAACAUCACUAAACCAAGAGGUCUGGACUUUUAAGGCACAAGAGGGCAUACUCUUGUCCUGUAACUUGUUGGUUGCUGGUUCAAACUCCGCUUCAGUUUUUUCACUGCUUUUGACAUAUCACUCCAUGCUAGAUCCCUUCGAACAACUGUCUCAAAGUGUUGUCUGGAAUAAAUAUACUGUCAAUUGUA